AUGAGGAUUAUUAUACUCACUCUACUUGUGGCCGUAUGCGUAAGCGCUGACCUGUUCGACCUCAAGAAAAAAAUCUUGGUUAAAAGCCUCAAAGGGCUCAUCAAGCACGAAGUCAACAAAAGAAUAAAAAAGACUAUGAACCGCAUUACCGAGGUCAUCAAUAGCAAAAUGAUGGAUUUCCGCAAAAAAUUGAGCGGAUACAAAAAAGAGAUGCUGCGAAAGCUUCACCUGUCGAAGGAACAAAGAAAUGAGCUUGUAGAAAGACUGAAGAUGCUGAAAAGAAAAACUAUUGAUAAAGUUCUACCGACAGGAGACUCAAUUGAGGAGACCAACGUAUGGAGCAAAAUUGCAGACAAAUUAUUCCAGGGAGAUAUAAUCCUCACAAAGGAACAACAAAAACAAGUUAUCGCAGACAUUCUCGGCAUCCGUUCUAAGCGACAGACUAUGUAUGAUGGAGAAUACCCUGGUAUGAGGUGGACGAAGGGAGUCCGCUACUUCUUCGACGAAAGCGCGAGUGAGCAAGUUCAAAGUGUGUUCAAGAAAGCUGCACACCAGUGGAUGUCUGAUACAUGUAUCAACUUCAUACCGACCAAAUUU